GCGUAAUAUCUGCGAGCCCCGCCGGUGAGGAGGAGGAUGCUGGAUCAUGAGGCAGGAGCCGACAGCCGAGUGGUCCAACAGAUCAACACUGGUAUGAAGAUCCAAGCCGGGAGCGAGCACGUGGGUUGCAGCAAGGUGGGAGAAACCAACGACAACCAGGUCAUCUGCUUGCAGUGUCAGGAUGAGGUGGUGCGGGUUUGUCCUGGAAGUCCGCGCAGUCCCCGCCGCGCCGUGGCGACGCGCCUAUCCUCCGGAUCCGCAGACCGUGAACCCAGCAGCAGCAGCUACAACGUCUCCUCAGGAACCUUUUACAGCUGCGUCAGUCAAAUCACCAUCGGGUUCGACCUUGGGGGUCAAGUGGCUAUCGAGUUCUCCCACUGGAAUAGUCCUUUCCCGUCAAGCAGCCAGAAUCUCCCCAGUCCGGACUGCAUUCAUUCUGAGGCUUCUGCCCUCCCUCCAGUUAGCGAGCAUCUGGAGCCAGUCUCCUGCCCAGCAUCACUGUCCAUCACCCCACUGCCCACCUUGAGUGCCAGUCAGGAGACGCUGUGUGACAGUAGCACAAAUGUGAGCUUAUCUCUACAUGGAUUUGAGCCCCAGCGGCAGAGCCCCCACCAUCCCAGAGUCCUGCUGCUGCACUCAGCCUCUGGCUACCAGGCAGCGGAUAGACCUCUUGCUUUCCCCUACUGUGGGAGGGACGAAAUCAUGGAGGAAUCUUUGGCCGAAACCCUGGACUCCAGCAAUCAAGAUAAUGUCCCUCCACUAGCUGUGAAGGAUGUCCAUGUGCUGCUGGAGAAGGAAAGGUCAGAGGGCAUCAGCAGCUCAUCGAAGGAUGAAUCCACCUUGCAGAACCCUGGAACCCACAGCAGCAUCCUCGAUGACAGCACAAAGUCCAAUUUAAGUAUCCCAGAGGGGAAGAGUAAGUCGAGUGCCCUUUGCUUCAGCGAUGGAAAGAGCCGAAUAGACUACAUCCUGGUUUACAGAAAGUCCUGUUCCCAGUCAGAGAAAAGGGAGGUAUUUGAGCGGAACAUCCGUGCAGAGGGAUUACACAUGGAAAAGGAGGCCUCUUUAACAAACAGUGAUGUGAUCUUCCUGAAGCUUCAUGCACCAUGGGAUGUUCUCUGUCGCUAUGCAGAGCUCAUGAACAUUCGCAUGCCUUUUAGAAGGAAGAUCUUUUACAUGCACAAACGACACAAAUUUUUGAGCAGGAUGGAGAAACGCAUCAACAAAUUUCGGGGGUGGCUUCCACGCAAACCCAUGAAAUUUGACAGUGAAACUCUACCUGACUUGGAGGAGAAUGAAAGCUUUACAGCCCCCUUCAGUCGAUCCAGGAUCCAUCAUUUCAUCAUCCACAACAAAGACACAUUUUUCAACAAUGCCACCAGAAGUCGCAUCGUGCACCACAUCCUUCAACGGGUCAAAUACGAGGAGGGAAAAAACAAGAUGGGGCUUAAUCGUCUUUUGAACAAUAAUUCGUACGAAGCAGCGUUCCCUCUUCAUGAGGGAAACUACCACAGCAAAAACCCCAUCAGAACUCAUGGAGCAGAAAACCAUCGACACCUGCUGUAUGAGUGCUGGGCCUGGUGGGGAGUUUGGUACAAGUACCAGCCGCUGGACCUCAUCAGGAGGUAUUUUGGGGAGAAGAUCGGAUUGUACUUCGCUUGGCUCGGCUGGUACACAGGGAUGUUGUUUCCUGCAGCUCUAGUUGGCCUGCUUGUAUUCCUGUACGGUGUUUUCACACUGGAGCACUGCCAGGUCAGCAAAGAAAUCUGCCAGGCUGCUGACAUCAUCAUGUGUCCCAUCUGUGACCAGUAUUGCCCCUACCUGAGGCUGUCAGACAGCUGCAUCUAUGCCAAGGUCACCCAUCUCUUUGACAAUGGGGCAACUGUGUUCUUUGCUGUAUUCAUGGCAGUUUGGGCAACAGUCUUCCUGGAGUUCUGGAAAAGACGCAGAGCUGUCCUUGCAUACGACUGGGAUCUCAUUGACUGGGAGGAAGAGGAGGAUGAAGUACGGCCACAGUUUGAGGCCAAAUACUCAAAAAAGGAGAGAAUGAACCCCAUAUCUGGAAAACCUGAGCCUUACCAGGCCUUCACUGACAAAUACAGUCGCCUCCUUGUCUCAGCAUCUGGAAUAUUCUUCAUGAUACUGGUGGUGAUUGCUGCCGUGUUUGGCAUCGUGAUUUAUCGCGUGAUCACCGUCAGCACCUUUGCCGCCUUUGGUUGGGCACUCAUCAGGAACAACUCUCAGGUGGCGACCACAGGCACAGCGGUCUGUAUCAACUUCUGCGUCAUCAUGCUGCUCAACGUGCUUUAUGAAAAAGUUGCUCUUCUACUCACAAAUUUAGAGCAGCCAAGGACUGAGUCGGAGUGGGAGAAUAGUUUUACCUUCAAGAUGUUCCUCUUUCAGUUUGUCAACCUCAACAGUUCGACUUUCUACAUCGCCUUCUUUUUGGGAAGAUUCACUGGCAGGCCAGGUGCAUAUCUACGCCUCAUCAAUCGCUGGAAACUGGAAGAAUGCCACCCCAGCGGCUGUCUCAUUGACCUCUGUAUGCAGAUGGGGAUCAUUAUGGUGCUAAAACAGACAUGGAACAAUUUAAUGGAGCUUGGCUACCCACUUAUCCAAAACUGGUGGACUCAGCGGAGGCUCAGGAGAGAGCACGGAAUUAAAACUAUUGCCAGCUUCCCGCAAUGGGAGAGGGACUAUAACCUGCAGCCAAUGAAUGCCAAUGGACUCUUCGAUGAAUACUUGGAGAUGAUUUUACAGUUCGGGUUCACCACCAUCUUCGUGGCAGCGUUCCCUCUGGCUCCUCUCUUGGCCCUGAUCAACAACGUAAUUGAGAUCCGUUUGGAUGCCUAUAAGUUUGUCACGCAGUGGCGACGACCUCUUCCAUCACAGGCCAAAGACAUAGGGAUCUGGUAUGGCAUUCUGGAGGGCAUUGGCAUCUUGUCUGUCAUCACCAACGCUUUUGUCAUCGCCGUUACUUCGGACUUUAUCCCUCGCCUUGUUUACGCCUACAAGUACGGGCCUUGUGCUGGUCAAGGCCAAGCAGGGGAGGGGUGUAUGAGGGGUUACGUGAACGCCAGCCUCUCAGUUUUCCGAGUGUCUGACUUUGAGAGGAAAUCACAGCCAAGAACAAAUGGCUCUGAACUGUUUGGAGAGGCUGUGAACUACUGCAGGUACCGUGAUUACAGGGAGCCUCCAGACUCUGUGGAGCCCUACUCAUACACUCUGCAGUUUUGGCACGUCCUGGCAGCGCGGCUGGCGUUCAUCAUCGUUUUCGAGCAUAUGGUCUUCGCCAUCAAGACCCUGAUUGCAUACUUAAUCCCUGACCUUCCCAAGGACCUCCGGGACAGAAUGCGCAGAGAAAAGUAUCUGAUCCAGGAGAUGAUGUAUGAGGCCGAGCUGGAGAGACUGCAGAAGGAGAAAAAUGAGAAGAAGAAGAAAGACAGGGUUCAUCAUAAGGAAUGGCCCUGAACACACCAACUGGUCAGCUGGUGUUUGGUUUUCAGUGUUCAGUGGAGGGAGAGCGCCGGUGUUCCUGCAUGUACUGGACUCUCAUACCCACCUCCUGCCAUGUCAGACCAGCUCCUCCUGUUGGACAGUAGCAGAACUGCAUCCAACGCUCAGUCACAGUGAGCGCUGAGCCUCUGUGUCUGCACACACAACAGAUGGGAUGUUUGGCAGGUUUUAGACCCCUUUUCUCCUGUUCAGACUUUCAGCAGCAUACAGCUUCAGCUCCUGAAUGUAGAUUUUAAGCAAGACAAAUUUUUUCCAGAUAUUUGUUUUAAGAACUGCUCUGUUGUUCUCCAGAGCUUACUGAAUGAUAAACCCUGUUUACAUUUCUCCUUGUUAAAGGAGUUCACAUUUUGCUUUAUUGUACAUCAAAAUGUAGAAAUGAAUGUCAGGCCAUCUGCUCAGCUGUAGUGUAGUGCAAUAUAAAUACUUAAAGAUCUAUUCUAUUCAGAUCUAUCUAUUAUUGCUCAUAAGAGAUGCUUUCUGUUUGAAUUUAGAUUGAUAU